UGUACAGAUAAACACAAGGACUGUUCUGGUGUAACUUUACAUAUGACGCAUCAAAAGCAGCCUUUGAUUGCUGGAAUGUAUCUUAUGAUGUCUGUGAACACUGUAAUACCCCCAGGCGAGAAAGUGGUUGAUGCUGAUAUUGCCUGCCAUUACAAAAGGUUUCCAAUGCACCUCUUUGCCUACAGAGUUCAUACACACAAACUAGGUAAAGUAGUGAGUGGAUACAGAGUGAGAAAUGGUCAAUGGACGUUGAUUGGUAGACAGAGUCCACAACUACCACAGGCAUUCUAUCCAGUAGAACAUCCUGUAGAUAUUAGCUAUGAUGAUAUCCUAGCAGCUAGAUGUGUGUUCAGUGGUGAAGGCAGAACUACAGAGACACAUAUAGGGGGAACAGCCAAUGAUGAAAUGUGUAAUUUUUACAUUAUGUACUAUAUGGAAGCCAAGUAUGCUGUCUCAUAUAUGACGUGCACACAGAAUGCAAACCCUGACAUGUUCAGAAAUAUACCACCGGAAGCGAAUAUUCCUGUUCCAGUCAAGUCUGAUAUGCUGAAGAUGAUGCAUGGACAUCAUGAAGAAACCAAGGAUUCUGAUAAAACUUCUUUGCUGCAGCAGGCCAAAAACGAAGAGGAGGAGAUUUUGGAUCAGAAUUUCCACAUAGAAGAGGCUGUGGAGUGGCCUGGGUUAGACCUCAAACUAGGUCAAGUUUCUGGGUUGGCUCUGGACCCUGAAAAUAACCUAGUUAUCUUCCACAGAGGUGAUCAUGUUUGGGAUGAAAAUUCUUUUGACAGCAAAUUUGUCUAUCAGCAAAGAGGACUUGGACCAAUUGAACAGAACACAGUUCUUGUCCUGAAUCCAAGCAAUGCAAAACUGCUUCAUUCCAUGGGCAAAAGUCUAUUUUAUUUACCACAUGGUUUGAGUAUAGAUAAAAAUGGUAACUACUGGGUCACUGAUGUAGCUCUCCAUCAGGUUUUCAAACUGGGAGCAGAUAACAAAGAACCUUUACUGAUCUUAGGAGUGGCUUUGCAACCAGGCAGUGACAAAAGUCACUUCUGUCAACCAACAGAUGUGGCUGUGGAUCCAGUCACUGGCAACAUUUAUGUCUCUGAUGGCUACUGUAACAGUCGAAUCAUUCAGUUCUCUCCCAAUGGAUUGUAUGUGAUGCAGUGGGGAGAAGAGACUUCUUUAGGCACAGCUAGACCUGGACAUUUUCAUAUCCCUCACAGCUUAGCCCUGAUCCCCGACUUCAGUCAACUAUGUGUUGCAGACAGGGAGAAUGGUCGAAUUCAGUGCUUCAGGUUGGAGACUGGGGAGUUCACAAGAGAGAUCAAGCACAAAUCAUUUGGAAGAGAGUUGUUUGCAGUUUCAUAUGUUCCAGGUGGUCUUCUCUUUGCGGUUAAUGGAAAACCUUAUCCUGGAGAGGCAGAACUGGUGCAAGGAUUUGUGAUGAACUUCUCUACUGGAGAAAUAAUUGAUACUUUCAUUCCGCUUAGAAAGAGCUUUGAGAUGCCACAUGAUGUUGUUGCUUCGGAAGAUAAAACAGUAUUUGUUGGAGAUGUUCAUGCCAGAGCAGUGUGGAAGUUUGCAUCCAUAGAAAAAAUGGAACAUCGGUCAGUUAAAAAGGCUGGUAUUGAGGUACAAGAAAUAAAAGAAUCAGAAACAAUUGUACAAGCCAGAUUGAAAAACAACCCAGAAUCAACAGAUCCUCUAAAGAAGCAGGAAAAACAACAUUUGGUUGGACAGACCAGCACUGGAGUUUCCUUUGUUCUUAUUACAACUCUUCUAAUUAUCCCUGUUGUUGUCCUGCUGGCAAUUUUAGCAUUUAUUCGGUGGAGGAAGACAACUGUCUAUGGAGCUGAUGGGGAACACAAACUUGAUUCAAGUUCAGGCAGAAUUUUAGGCAGACUUAGAGGGAAAGGCGGUGGUGGCCUUAACCUUGGGAACUUCUUUGCAAGUCGCAAAGGCUACAGCCGAAAAGGGUUUGACCGACUGAGCACUGAAGGAAGCGAUCAAGAAAAAGAUGAAGAUGAUGGCACAGAUUCAGAGGAAGAGUGUUCAGCACCUCCACCCCUACCAGCACCUUCAUCAUCCUGAGACCAGUCUUUGAGUUCUCCAUUAUACAGUUCAACCCAGAAUGUCAGAUUCCUUUUCCCUUAAGCACGUUUAAGAUUUUGUGUAUUUAAUUGUGAACUGUACUAGUCUGUGUGGGGCUGUACACUGGUUCCUUUAAUUUUUGUUUGGUUUUAGUUCUGUUUUUUAAGUGGAGUGUAUGGAAGUUCCAUAUCAGUGCUGUUGUUUUUUAUGUGAACAUCUUAAUAAAGCAAAUAGUCUUCUAAUUGCAGCACUGAUUUAAAGCAGUAGUAUUUUCUUAUGUCAAUUUGGGGAUCUUGUAAAUAAGUCUUACUAUCUGCUUCAUCAAAAUAUUUUUCUCAUUACUAUUCAGUUGCCAGUUUCUGUUUUGUGCCUUUCCUCUUCAAUGUCCUUAACCUGUUGCAGUAUAGAGAAAAUACAGUGCCAGAAGAAAAUGAAGCUGCUAAAUCUUCUUCUAUUUUUUUAAAAUCACUAACAUUAUAUUGCAUUGAAGGAAAGAAAAAAGUCUAUUUAAUUUUUUUCUUCUUCUUCCUAACUUGAUGUGUUUCUGGGAUGUCUUAUUUUUAGAUGGUAUCACUGUUAGAACACUAUUUUCAGAAGCUGAAUGUAAUUUGUGUAAUAAAGUAUUCGCAGAGCA